CUUUACGCACAAACCGAUGGAGCAGUUUUUAAAAUCAUCGUAGAGAAUCUGGAAAUGGAAUCGGUAUCUUUGGAUGAAAAUGAAUCCAGUGCGCAAACUGCACUCAUCACGAUCUGAACACUAAAUAACUUUUUCUGGCAUUGUUUAGGAUUUGUUCUUAUACUUACAGAGUGGUUUGAACGCAGGAAAGCAAAAUGAGCAACAUCUAUGAGUCAGCAGCCACCACACUGGGCCUCUUCAACAGCCCAUGUCUAGCAAAAGUGGAGCUCCGUGUGGCCUGCAAAGGAAUAUCUGACAGGGAUGCUCUGUCCAAGCCUGAUCCCUGUGUAGUCCUCAAGAUGCAGUCCCAUGGACAGUGGUUUGAGGUGGACCGGACAGAGGUGAUUCGCAGCAGCAUCAGUCCCGUCUUUUCCAAAGUCUUCACUGUGGACUACUAUUUUGAAGAAGUGCAGCGGCUCCGUUUUGAGCUGCAUGACAUCAGCAGCAACCAUAAUGGACUCAAAGAGGCUGACUUUCUGGGUGCCAUGGAGUGCACGCUCGGACAGAUUGUAUCACAGAGAAAACUCUCGAAAGCUUUACUAAAGCAAGGAAACACAGCCGGAAAAUCAUCUAUUACAGUCACAGCGGAAGAGCUGUCUGGGAAUGAUGACUAUGUGGAGUUAGCCUUCAGUGCCAAGAAACUGGAUGACAAGGACUUUUUUAGCAAGUCAGAUCCAUUUCUGGAAAUCUUCAGAGUGAAUAACGAUGGAACAGCAUCACUGGUGCACAGAACAGAGACCAUAAUGAACAACCUUAGUCCUGUCUGGAAAUCAUUUAAAGUUUCUUUAAACACACUCUGCAGUGGAGACCAAGAGCGAGAGCUAAGGUGUACAGUAUGGGACUGGGAUUCUAAUGGCAAACAUGACUUUAUUGGAGAAUUUCAAACCACCUUCAAAGAGAUGAAGUCAGCCAUGGAUGGGAAGCUGAUACAGUGGGAGUGCAUCAACCCUAAGUACCAAGUGAAGAAGAAGAACUAUAGAAAUUCUGGGAUGGUGAUUCUUACCCUGUGCAAGAUUAUUAAAAUGCACUCUUUUCUGGAUUACAUCAUGGGAGGUUGUCAAAUUCAGUUCACAGUGGCGAUUGAUUUCACUGCUUCAAAUGGUGACCCUCGAAACAGCUGCUCCCUCCACUACAUCCACCCUUACCAGCCCAACGAGUACCUCAAAGCCCUGAUUGCUGUUGGCGAGAUCUGCCAGGACUAUGACAGCGACAAAAUGUUUCCCGCUUUUGGAUUUGGAGCCCAAAUUCCACCAGACUUCAAAGUUUCACAUGAUUUUGCAGUGAAUUUUGAUGAGGACAACCCAGAAUGUGCUGGUAUUCAAGGUGUGGUGGAGGCUUAUCAGAACUGCCUGCCGAAAAUCCAGUUAUACGGCCCCACUAAUAUUGCCCCCAUCAUCCAGAAAGUUGCCAACUCUGCCUCUGAGGAGAUGCAUACCAAAGAGGCCAUGGAGUACUUUAUUCUGCUAAUCCUGACGGAUGGAGUGAUCACAGAUAUGGCAGACACACGAGAGGCCAUCGUCCACGCCUCUCACCUGCCCAUGUCUGUCAUCAUCGUUGGCGUGGGCAACGCGGAUUUCAGUGACAUGCAGAUGCUGGAUGGUGAUGAUGGAAUUCUGCGCUCGCCUAAAGGAGAACCAGUCCUGAGGGACAUCGUUCAGUUUGUGCCCUUCCACAACUUCAAACAUGCCUCUCCUGCAGCGUUGGCUAAAAGUGUUCUGGCCGAGGUCCCCAAUCAGGUCGUGGAUUACUACAAUGGAAAAGGCAUCAAGCCAAAAUGCCUAUCGGACUAUGAGACUUCCAGAGCAUUCAGUCCCUGAGCUUCGCACAGCCAUAGAGCUGCUUCAAGAGACACAGUUUUCUACGGUCAACUAAAGCUGGAAGACAACUUCUUUGAUCAUUUCAGAGCUUGCAGCAACACUACAAUAUUGACAAGCAGGUCCAUCCUUGUGUUUUAGAUAUUUAUCACUCAUGGUUUCGUAUUCGAUUUUCCUUAGCGGGUAUUUUUCUUCUUAUACAACUAUUUACGUAGUUGCUCAAGAAGUAUUUGGAUAUUUUUGGACACCGAGGUUUCACAUAUUGGAAUUUCAUUGCAUAGAUAACAUUUUAAACCGUGGAGUGAUGUAUACUAUAUAUUUAUAUAUUAGUACUGUGCCAAAGUUUUAGGCACUUGUGAAAAAUGAUGCAGAGUGAGGAUGUCUUCAAAAAUAAUACCAUAAAUAAUUUUAAUUUAUCAAUUAAUUUCAUACAAUAUCCACUAAACAUAAAAUAAGCUAAAUCAUUAUUUGGUGUGACAACCUUUGCCUUCAAAACAGCCCAAUUCUCCUAGGUACACCUGGACACAGUUUUUCUUGGUUGUUGGCAGAUAUGAUGUUCCAAGCUUCUUGGAGAAUUCGCCACAGUUCUUUUAUUUAUUUAUUUAGGCUCAAUUACUCAAUGAUUUUGAGACUUUUUUUUAAGAAAUUGCUGUGUAUGUAAACAUAACUGUGCCCAAGACUUUUGCACAGUAUUAUUUACAGUAUACACUGCCUAUAUAUAUAUAUAUAUAUAUAUAUAUAUAUAUAUAUAUAUAUUAGGCAGUUCAUUUUAAAUGGAGGUAUGAAGUCAGUUCACAAUGGGUGUCCUAGCAGAGUAAACAUGGAUUUAGUACAUCACUUAGACGUGCUUCACUUAGUUUGACAACCACAAAGUGUCCUAAUACAUUUUAUCUGAAUUUUUAACAUGCUAUAUGUUGUUUUUUAUAAUUCCCAGCAAAGCCUUUUUUGGGGGGAAAUAUCUUGCUUGAAAUGUGUGUUUGUGCUAUACAUUUUAUCUAUCUAUCUGUCAAUCUAUCUAUCCUACUAUACAGGUUUAUAGCGUGUGUGUGUGUGUGUGUGUGUGUGUGUGUACACUGGCAGCCAAAUGUUUGGAAUAAUGUACAGAUUUUGCUCUUAUGGAAAGAGAUUUGUACUUUUAUUCACCAAAGUGGCAUUCAACUGAUCACAAAGUAUAGACAGGACAUUAUUGGACACAAUCACUAUUUGAAAAAAGUUUCCAGCAGCCAUCACUCCAACACAUCCUUGAGUAAUCAUACUAAAUAGCUAAUUUGGUACUAGAAAAUAAUUUGCCAUUAUAUCAAACACAGUUGAAAACUAUUUGGCUUGUCAAAUGAAGCUUAACAUUGUCUUUGUGUUUGUUUUUGAGUUGCCACAGUAUGCAAUUGACUGGCAUGUCUUAAGAUCAAUAUUAAAUCAAAAUGGCAUAAAACAGCUUUCUCUAGAAACUUGGCAGUCAAUCACUAAAGGCUAUACAAUGCUUGAAAUUGCCAAAUAAAAACCAGAAGGACAGAAAGAGAUGUGGAAAGCACAGAUGUACAACUAAACAAGAGGAUAAGUACAUCAGAGUCUCUAGUUUGAGAAAUAGACACCUCACAUGUCCUCAGCUGACAGCUUCAUUGAAUUCUACCCGCUCAACACCAGUUUCAUGUACAACAGUAACGAGAAGAUCCUCUGCAGUCCUUAUGGGGAGAAUUGCAAAGAAAUAGCCACUUUUGAAAUAGAAAUGCAAAAAGAAAAGGUGAGAGUGGGCAAAGAAACACAGACAUUGGACAACAGAUAAUUGGAAAAGAGUGUUACGGAUCUUAAACCCAUGGAGCUUUUGUGGGAUCAUCUAGACUGUAAUGUGCCUGAGAAGUGUUUGACAAGACAGACACAUCUAUGGCAAGUGCUACAGGAAGUGUAUUUGGACAAACUGACAGCUAGAAUGUCAAGGAUCUGCAAAGCUGUCAUUGCUGCACGUGGAGGAUUUUUUGAUGAGAACUCUUUGAUAAUAGUUUAAAAAAAAAUUUAAAUGUAAUUGUACAUUUUUAUUUGAUUAAUGUCCUGACUAUACAUUAUGAUCAGUUGAAUGCCACUUUUGUGAAUCGAAGUACCUAUUUCUUUCCAUAAAUGUGUGUGUGUGUGCACUGAUUAGCCACACCAUUAAAACCACCUUCCAUGCAAUUAUCUAAUCAGCCAAUCGUGUGGCAGCAGUGCAGAGCAUAAAUCAUGCAGAUACAGGUCAGGAGCUUCAGUUAAUUUUCACAUCAACCAUCAGAAUGGGAUACAGGUCAGGAUCUCAACACCAAAACUGGACCAGACAGGGGAGUCAGGAUCGAGACACCUUGCUUCGGACAUGAAACGAAACAAACCGAAGAGUGCAUGGCAGGGAAAUACACCGAAGCUGUGCGCUCAAACAAAGACAGACAGAACUUGGAUCCCGACACAGGUUAGUGCUGUUUUGGCAGCAUGAGGGGUACCAACACAAUAUUAGGCAUGUGGCUUUAAUGUUGUGGCUGAUCAGUUUAUAUAUAUAUAUAUAUAUAUAUAUAUAUAUAUAUAUAUUUUUUUUUUUAUGUAUGUCACUUGCUUUGAUAUUUCGCUAUAUCGUGCAAUGACGGUUUUACAUUUUUAAAUGUGACUUAAGUGUCCAAAAAAAUUUUUGGGCUGCUUAAACUGUGAAAAAUGGGACAUAGAAUUAGUUUCAUCACAGCUCCAACCAAUCAACAAUCUGCCAGCACCUUUUGGUCUAUGGUCACAUAUUCUCUGUAAAUGGGAGAGAGUUGAAACAUGCAACUGUGGACAGUCUUCCUUUAGAUACAGAUGUCAGAGUGAUUGCAACUUGCAUUUGUCAGUGCUUUCUUCUUCUUCUUUAUAUUGUUAUUGUUAUUUUGGCAGACCUGCUAUAAAAGGGAUAUAUAGUCCAAUAUAGCAUAGUAUUCCAAUAAGUGAUAGUGUAGGAGGCAAGUGGUUAUUGACCAUUGCAUAACCAAUGCUCAGUUAGUAAACACUAUUAGUCCUCUAUAAUCCAAAAAAUGUGCAUUUUAUCUGUGCUUUUUCAGAUUGUUUAACACCUAAUUAUUUUAUUCUAUUUAAAGAUUAUUUUUGAUGUGGGGCUUUUAGGACUACAAAUGUUACAUAAACUAUACAGCAUAUAGCUAUAAAACAUAUUUAUUUUAAAGCAAGUGGAAUGGACAAAAAUCUGUGAAUACAUACAAUAUUUAGGGAUCAUUGUUUUUGUUUUUUUACAGGUUUCCUUGACAUUUAUGUUUUGCUGAAUUUAUAAACAUAAUCUACAAGUUCUUUCAAAUGUUUGGAAAUAGUAGGAAUUUUUAUAGUGCUGUAUUAGCCUUUCUUUCCUUUUUUCUCCCGUGUGUGUGUGUGUGUGUGUGUGUGUGUGUGUGUGUGUGUGUGUGUGCGCCUGCACGCGCUUCAGACACCAGGACUGUGUUUUGCAUG